UGCCUGGCAUACCGUCGGCAUAGAUCGUUCCCCAUCGACGAUCGUUGCGUCGCCCUCGACAUCCGGGCGACCGGGGGGGUUUGCGGGGAUUCGCGCCGCGGGUCUCUCGUGUGUCUCCGACCGGCCGCCGAGAUUGACGCGAGGCCCGGGUGCGGGUUGGCAGGCCCCGUAGAAGAGGCCACCGAGUGAGACGAGACGACAUCGUCCGCCGUAACCCGGACGGGAAAGUCGCGUAGGCGUCGAGGUUGGCCGGGGUCGUCGACACAACGGCGGGCACGCCAAGGAGGAGAAACGACGGUGGAGGUGACGGCGGUACGCCGCGCUAACGUUUCGGCUAAUGGUCGAAACGUCGAUCCGCCACUUCACGCUCAAGUUUCCGAUGCUGCAGCCACCGUCUCCCCUCCUGGAGAUGGCGUCUCUGCGACUACCGGACUCGGAGGAGUUUGACGUUGAUACGCGCAGGAGUAAUAACGGCAACGUGCCGGCCACGACAGUCGCGACCGGGCCGCCGGGUACCGGCACUCUGCUCCAGAUGAGGAACGACCUCGGCGAUUAUCUCAACAAUCUGAUCACGGAGGCGAUCGCGACGACGAGUCCACGUGCCACCAUGGAGGAUCAGGUCCACGGGUUGUUCAACGCCAGCAAGAACCUGUCGGCGAUCGAGCACGCGCCCGAUCGACUUUACAGGCACAGCAUGGCCAUGUCGGCGGUCUACUGCGUGGCGUACGUGGUCGUCUUCGUGGUCGGCCUGAUCGGCAAUAGUUGCGUUAUCGCCGUGGUGUACCGGUCACCACGCAUGUGGACCGUCACGAAUUUCUUCAUCGUCAAUCUCGCGGUGGCCGACGUGCUCGUGAUUGUCUUUUGUCUACCGUCCACAUUGAUGAGCAACAUCUUCGUCCCGUGGAUCCUGGGACGGUUCAUGUGCAAAGCGGUCGCUUAUAUACAGGGCGUCUCCGUGGCAGCCUCUGUCUACAGCCUGGUCGCGGUCUCCCUGGACAGGUUCUUGGCGAUUUGGUGGCCGCUGAAGUGUCAGAUCACGAAACGGCGGGCUCGCAUGAUGAUCGUCGUGAUCUGGUUUAUAGCCCUGACGAUGACGUCGCCCUGGUUGUUGUUUUUCGACUUGGUCUCCAUCUACGACGACGAUCCCGAUGUGCGUAUCUGCCUGGAAACGUGGCCGCAUCCCGAGGACGGUUCGCUGUUCUUCCUGAUUGGCAAUCUAAUCCUCUGCUACGUGCUGCCGAUGAUACUCAUAUCCCUUUGCUACAUUCUCAUCUGGAUCAAGGUAUGGCGCAGGCACAUACCCACCGAUACCAAGGACGCCCAGAUGGAGAGGAUACAGCAAAAGUCGAAGGUGAAGGUGGUCAAGAUGUUGGUCGUCGUCGUGAUACUCUUCGUUCUCUCAUGGCUGCCUCUUUACGUAAUCUUCGCCGUGAUCAAGCUGGGCGGCGACGUGGCCGAGAGAGUGGACGAGAUCCUGCCGAUCGCCACUCCGAUCGCCCAGUGGCUCGGCGCCAGCAACUCCUGCAUAAAUCCAAUCCUCUAUGCCUUCUUCAACAAAAAGUACCGGCGCGGCUUCAUCGCCAUCCUGAAGAGCGGCCAGUGCUGCGGCAAGCUCAGGUACUACGAGACCGUAGCGAUGAUGUCCUCCUCGACGAGCAUGAGGAAAUCCUCUUACUACGUCAACAACAACAAUAACAACUCGUCGACGAGACGUGCCUGGCAUGGGCCGCCGGUUCACCAGGAUAGCAACGUUUCCUACAUAUUCAAUCACACUGGCGUGUAAUUUGUAGUCGUUAAGUCGAGGGUACCUCGCGAGGUGAUCUCGCUUUAUUGUGCAGAUUUGAUAUAUAUCCGGUUGGACGGUGGACAAAUUGAAAGAGGACGCAGUGUGGCCUUUUGCAUCUCGAUCGGCCGCUCUAACGCACGGUCGAAGCUAAAAUCUGGCCGAGAUCAGCCAGUCCGAGAAUUACGGAUCAUCCCUUGUUGUCGGAUGAUCAAUACGAUUGUUACUCGGGCCGGAAAGUCGCCAGUGGGAAGAGAAGAGCGGAAGGGAAGAAGAAGCCUUUCUCGACAGACCACGGAACGAUCGUCGCCUUGCCAUUUGUCCUUACGAAAGACGUCGUUGUUUGGAUUUUGUCACAAUAUUAGCCACUGCGUACACGUAAUAUAAUAGUACCUAAUUGUUAAGACGAGUUACACUGCUGCGAGCGCGCGAUUGCGCGACCGUUCGCCCAACGACGAAGUAGCUUUCUAGGUGAUCCAGGAGACGGGAUUAACGCUUCAAUGAACCUUAGAACCUCUUCUAUGUUUGAAAUAUUUCUACGGUACGUUUGAACGAAGAGUAUAUAUACAUACAUAUAUAUAGUUAAGUCUACCAAUUAAAUGUAAAGCUGGAUGAAGUUUGUUGUUACGAUUGUACAUGGCGGUGCAUGCACCCUCGCGUGUCGAGUACGUAAUUAGCGCGACAACGGUGAGUGGUGAUGAUGUUGAUGACUCGCGUGAGCGUAGGAUACGGGUCGAGUUGUUGUAUCUUGACGGUAGACAUGACGGCACUUCCGCCAUGACAAACAAAUGACAGCCGCGCACGAGCCUCAUCAGCGGGAUACCUGUUGUAAUUAAGAGGGGCAGAGGUCGAGCGCCCUUUUAACACUAAGGCGUAAGAUUUGAUUUCGGUCUAUAUCGAUUCACGAACGGUCGUCGGGCGGAACGAGACCAUUGGAAAAAUAAAUAGUGUAAGAUCCUGGCGUUAUCUGCACACAUGUAUCCAGUAUCGCAUGCCGCAGUCUCAUUCGUACACAUUGAAACCACCAGUUGCACCAAAAAUCAAGGAAUUAGAUAAUACGAAUCUAUAGUGAGACAAAUGGAUACACGGUAAUUUGCAGAUUGUUGUUAGUAGUCAGUACUCUAGUUGUGAAAGGCAGUUUGUUUAUAUUUCUCAGAUGAGGAAGUGUCGAUCACAAUUUCCUCCGCAAAACUACCAAUCACGUCAUCUCUGACAUCACUAACGUUUACUUCAGUUCUUCAUGUAAAUUUAUUCUAUAGAACAGAAUAAAUUCAUAGAACAGAAUAAAAAUAAAUUAAUUUCUAUCUGUUAGUAAUAAUCAACUAAUUAAAUCUGCGUGAUUUACAUCACGCUGUCUGAUAUUUAUCUCUAAUGUUUAAUUUUAUUACCUUUUAUUCUAUAAUAAAUUUAUUCUACGUAGUGCAAAAUAAGAAAAAAAUUAAUUAGUAAUAAUGAAUUAAUCAGACCUUUGUAAACACUGUCAACAUAGUUUCCCAUAUUUAAAAUUAUAAUCACUACACAAGAUUGCAUAUAUUUUCUUACCGAGACAUUAACCGAAGAUAUCUAUUUGUGAUCCGCAUAACGUCAUUGCUCUCUAUAUCUACGGCUCGUGCCAAGAAUAUGAAAAAAAACUCACGAUCAUGUAAAUGUAUUGAGAUGUUAUGUAAGGAUGUUUAAAAGAUGGUUUCUUCUUUCCGACAUUCUUUGAGGAUUUUAAAAAUAUUUCUUGUACCAUCGGGAAGCGACACUGGCCGAGUGGUGAUUUUGAAAUAGGAUAUAAUAUAUCUGUUAUCACAAGCGUUUUUUUUUCAUUCUUGUUCUUGAUUAAUUGACAAAAAACUUUUUCUUUGAGCUUACUUGUUCGCAGCGUUGCGUUUGCACAGCGAGAUUUGUCGCCGGAUCAUUUGAUGGCAAUUCUUGCGGUCUUUUAAAAUCACGACGUUUAUCACGCGUUUGUCGCAACUCGUUACCUUCACCGCACCGUUAUCAUCUAUCGACGAUAAAAAAAAAAAAA